CGAACUCUGUACUACACAAGCUGUGAAGGCUGUCUCGGAUUUCUCUGAUUAUCGAGAGCAGAAUAACUCUAAUUAAGAUAGGAUGACUAAGGGUGAAGCUUUCCACAGUUUGCUUGAACCUGAUCUGCCAGUAAAGACUCGGCGUAGAAGCACUGGAUGCCAAUUUUUUAUCAUGGGUAUUGCAACUGCUCUCUCUCUUGCAUCAUUGGCUCUGGCUGUGUAUCAAGCUACUUCGACACAUCAAAGUGUACAUGCUAUUUCAGAAGGGGUAGUUAGUGCAUGGCCAACACCACCACCCCAUGAACAAGUAACCAAAGUAGCAAGAUAUGUUGUGCAUACCUCAGCAUGGGCAUCAAUAGCAACGAUCUCCACUGCUCUACCUAUUCAGGGCUUUCCAUUUGCCAACAUCAUAAGUGUCUGCGAUGGCCCUGUGAAUAAGUCAAGUGGCAUUCCUUAUAUGUAUAUGACCCGAUUCGAUUUAAGUGGGAAAGAUUUGCUUAGCAAUGACAAAGCUACAUUAUCUUUUUCUGAGGCUCAGUCUGACUACUGUAGUAAAGAGGAUUUUGAUCCAGAGGACCCACGAUGUGCACGUGUCUUACUUACUGGUCACAUCAUUGAACUAAAAAAUGGAACUACUGAGGCAAAUUUUGCACAAAAUGCUCUGUUUUCAAGGCACCCAAUAAUGAAAUCUUGGCCUUCUGAUCACCAUUUUUUUUUUGCCAAGAUGGACAUCGUGCACAUCUACGUACUGGAUUACUUUGGUGGACCAUCUGAGGUGAAUGUUGAUGAAUAUUUCAAGACUGACCCAUUUGCUUAAUACUAUCUAGACUUCAGGCUCUUUUGACACUGAAGGUCAACAAAAUGUUCUCCAAGUUUUUUUUUUUAUUUUAAUUUUCAAUCAGCAUUCGAAUUAAAAAUCAAAUGGGUUUACAACUCUUUUGUAAUUAACUGCAUCAGAACUGUAUUUGGAAAAAAUCUUUAUAGUGGAUUGUUGAUUUUGCAUUUAUGGAAGAAAUCUGAACUACCAUCUAUAUACAGUAUUUUGGUUAUGAAAAUAUAUCGAAUAUACUGCAAAAUUUAAUUGUAACAAUCCAUAAAUAUAGAUUUGGAUGGUCUAGUGUUAUGAUCAAAGCCUUUCAAGUGAUGACUCAUAAUAUAAAUUUACCUGUAGGUUGACACCUUUGCGUAUUUUUCUGAAACUUAAAAUGUUUAAGAUUAUUAGUACUUUUUCAUGCCCAACUAUCCACUUUUAAGAACUUUAGAACACAAUUUUUACAUUUGAGCAGAGACAAGCUGGCCAUACAGGCAAUACCCAGUUGGCCACUGUGCUGGGUAAAAAAAAAAAAAACUGAAAAAAAUGUCACGAAAAACUAGUCAGCAGCUCAGUUGGAGUAGUGACGAGUCCUACAGUUAAUAACAACUCAAGCAGCAGUCUCCUGCCUUUCAUUACCCUCUCAUCCGGCCCAGAUGCCCGGGCCAGUUUUAAGACCCAGUCUGCUGCUGCAUUUGAGCUCUGAUGCAACAAACCAUUCUGUAAUGACCAUUUUGAUUGUAUGUAUUUUUCAUAUCUUUAAUUAUCUGAAUGUGAUUCCUGCACACAUUGUUGUAUGAAGACAAAGAAACAGGUUGCAGAAUAAGUUUUAAAUGGAACAAUAUUUUGCUCUUUGUAGAGGUUUCCAAGUGAAGUAGUGUUGUAGUAAGAGCUUGUUCGCCCUUGUGGCUUAGCACUUCUUUUUAAUUAUAAUAAUAAUCCAUAGCUUGUUAUAUCUCAGUAAUAUUUGUAUUUCAUCCAGUGUUGCAGGGAUGCCAAGCUUGCACUGCUUGGAAACUUUCUGUGAACAUUAAUGAACAAUAUAUCAGUUCAUUUUUAAAGACCCUGUAUAUAUGUGGGUAACACUGUACUGUAUUUUCCCUAAGCUAUGCAUGUAGUCAUUAUUGGUGGGUAGGGUUUAAUUAGGAUAAGUAUUACACCAUGUCAUACCUUAAAAAAAAAAGUUAUGUAUUUUAAUAUCUUAAAAUUUUGUUUAGAUGAGAAUCAUUAAACACUAUUAGACACAGAAA